AUGGAAGAAAACACUUUAAUUUGGUCUGCCCAACUGGCCAUAACUCCCCCUCAACGAACACCACGUUUACCAGGAGAUAAGAUUACUCUCCCCCAAUCCGCCCUCGAACAGCUUCUAGCCGCCGCGCCCCUCCAAGCUGUCCCUCUGAACCCUCGUGUGCAUACCACUACCUUUGACCCCUUCCCUCGUGUGCAUACCACUACCUUUGACCCCUUCAACCCCCACACAUUCGCCGCAGAGUCUCGAGCCCGCCAACAAAUCGAGAAUCGUCAGCACCAGCUUCCCCACCCGCUCACGUUCCGUAUUGUCAAUCCUCAAAAUGGUCGUUUCGUAUACGCGGGGAUCCGAGAGUUCUCCGCAGCGGAGAACGAAGUUGCACUAAGCGCUUUACUUCGCGAGUCACUUGGGAUUGAAGAUGCCGAAUUCGAUGAUAUGAACAGCGCGACACAGACAGACGCGGGGGAUGUACAAGACCAACCCUCAGGCCCAGCGGUAACAGUGCAUGCAAAGCAACUUCCCAAAGGCACGUAUGUGCGUCUUCGACCACUUGAAGCUGGUUAUGACCCCGAGGACUGGAAGGCCUUGCUGGAGCGACACCUGCGGGACAACUUUACAACUCUGACCGUCAACGAGCUACUGAACGUCCCCGGGACGCGCAAUGAGGCUUUCCGAUUUUUGGUCGAUAAGGUGUAUCCAGAAGGUGAUGGGAUUUGUGUCGUAGACACAGACUUGGAGGUUGACAUUGUCGCGCUGUCGGAGGAACAAGCCCGAGAAACUGUGCAGAAACGACUGGAACGUGCCGCGCGGGCACCGGGUACAACGAGUGGCAGCUCAGUUGGUGGUGUUCUCGCUCUUGGAGAGGAUGUGGCUGCCCAGGUCUUGCCGGGAGAAUAUGUGGAUUACGAGCUUCGAGAAUGGAAUCGUGAGGACACGCUCGAGGUUGAGCUCGUGACGGAAGAUCCUAACCUCUGCCUGUUUGUGAGUCCACUUGGGGCGCGUCAGCAGAGCCGUCCUCGGGCAGAUAUGCAUGUUUGGGGAGAUUUCUCGAGUCAGUCUCCUAAGCGAGUGAAGAUUCGGUCGACAAAUGUGGCUCUUGAGGGGGCAGAGGCUCUUUAUAUUUCAGCCCACGCCAAUUCUCUUGCUUCUGUGGCCGAUGAUACCGCGCAGAAGUCACCAGCGCAGUACCACCUACGAAUAAGUGCAAAUAAACAAGACGAAGAGGAGGCAGGGGAGGCAGAAGAGGCCCAUGAGUCUGGGGACGUUCAGUGUCAAAAUUGUCGACAGUGGGUGCCGCAGCGGACAUUGGUCCUACAUGAGAACUUCUGUCUCCGCAAUAAUAUCUUCUGCUCCCAAUGCCACAAUGUGUUCCAAAAACGAUCACCGGAGUGGGAGAACCACUGGCACUGCCCUCAUGACUCGGCCCAUGGCAACGAAGCCUCCAGUCAGGUCAGCCAUGAUAUUGUCUUCCACAGCGCCUACAGCUGCCCUGAUUGCGCUGCUCAGUUCGAAGGGCUUCCUGCAUUGGCCCAGCAUCGCACGACAGAGUGUCCUGGCAAGUUGAUUCUCUGCGAAUUCUGCCAUCUACUUGUACCACAAAAAGGCGAAGCAGACCCCGACCUCCACGACCCCGAAGUCAUGCUCUCAGGCCUAACACCCCACGAACUAUCCGACGGUAGCCGAACAACAGAAUGCCACCUAUGCAACAAGAUCAUUCGACUCCGAGACAUGAAAACCCAUCUCCGACAUCAUGAUCUAGAGCGUGUCUCACGUCCAUCUCCUCGCAUCUGUCUAAACCAGAAUUGCGGCCGCACACUUAGCACCGCGAGCAACAAGUCCCUCGGUCUAUGCAAUAUCUGUUUCGGACCACUUUAUGUCGAUACAUAUGACCCAGAUGGUAAGGCGCUUCGACGCCGUAUCGAACGACGCUAUUUAUCCCAAAUGAUGACAGGGUGUGGCAAACCAUGGUGUCAGAAUGAGUACUGCAAGACCGGGAAACAGAACAGAAAUGCUGUGGAUAGUUCGUUGGCGAUGAGUGUGGCUGAUAUCAUGAAGGUUACGCGCCCGCUCGUGGAUCGUAUUAAUGUCCAGCCGGAUGUACCCAAUACUGCACCAUUUUACUUCUGUACGGAUGAAACGGGACAAAUUCGUCGGAACUUGGCGGAGAUGAUCUUCGCCGAGGGAGGUGCUGCUGAUGGUAAAGCAUAUGCUCUUGCAUGGUGUGUUGCUGGUGCUGAAGCUGCUGGUGGUGACUUGGAGAAGACGAGAGAAUGGCUAGCCAAGUGGGCACCGACGCAAAGUGAAACGAGCAUGAAUUAG